AUGGAGCUACAUCGUGACCACCUGCCCAUCAUUCGCUACGAGCCAGUCAGUGGCGCCUGGCUGCGCAUCUCCGCGCCCGCCCUCGACACUCAGCUCAUCCUCCCCGACGGCAGCGUCACGACGACGCUCGGGCUCAUGAUGAGCAAGAACUUGAACUGGAUGGCACCGGCGACGGAGGCACAGUUCGUCAAUCCUGAUGAUCUCGACGCCAAUUUCUAUCAUUUUGGCCGCAAGCUCAGCCUUGACGAGCUCCUGAAGUACUGCGGCGUCAACGCUGCCAACCUUGCCGGGCCCAGCUUCGACACCAAGACGGUCGUCUCAAACAUGUGCAUCAUCUUCAAAGACUACGAGAACUGCAUGAGCUCGCGUCAACGCCUCGUCUGGAAGGCCAUGUGCGCGGAUGCGGUCAGAGAGUAUCGUCGUGCCAACGACCGCUCCACAAGCUCAGCGGCCUCGACUUCGGGCACGACGAGCUAG